AUGUUACCGUCACUUCUUUCGAAAAGGGGUGCCUCGGUAACCAUCAAACGGUGGACGGACGAGGACAUCAUCUCCUCCAUCCUGGACAGUGACAUAGUCACUUUUCUCUGGGCCGAAGACUAUAUCCAACAUCCACUUGAGUUUGGAGAAUUCCUGAUUACGGCCAAAAAGGCAAUCGAAACAGUUGGACACGGCGCAAACCGUCCCCGUGUACUGAAUCAUAUCGACCUGGUCCAAUGGAACAUGGACAAGAAGUAUCUCCUUGAUAUGCACCACGCAGGGUUCAACAUACCCACGACUGAAAUCUUCGAUGCAGAGCAAUUUACCUGCACGUCGGCACUACAUCAACGCCUACAAGAAUUUCAAUCAUCGGGGCCUAUCGUACUCAAACCAUCUGUCUCUGCGUCCUCCAACAGCACUCGACUCAUCCCAGAUAUAUCAGCACUAUCAGCUGAUGAUGCUGCGUAUCUAGAGCUUUGUGUGAAGGGCCGCCUGGGGAGUUCCUUGGUUGUACAGAAAUUUGAGUCAGCCAUUGCCACGGGCGAAUAUUCUUUCGUGUUCGUUGGGGAACAGCUGUCUCACGUUGCGCUGAAAACGCCCAAAAACGGCGAGUUUCGCUGCCAGCCCCAAUUUGGUGGCGAGAAUAAUUGCAUACCUAUCGAGCAAAUUGGGGAGACAACAUUGUCGACGGUGAAUUCUAUUUUUGAUACCCUCAAGGAUCGGUUCGGGAACGGUUCAACAGGGGUGAUGGGAUAUGUACGCAUCGAUGGCUUAGUGGCCGAAGAUCGUGCAUUCGUUCUGAUGGAGAUCGAAGCUAUCGAGCCAGAACUUUACCUUGAAAUGGGGGGUCUGGAAGAUAUGCUUUCCCUUUUGUUGAAAUAG